GGAAGCUGUAUCAGAAGUUGAUGGAGGAGCAUGGCUCGCAUCUCCCUGCCCUCUUUAGACUCCUCCCUCCAAGGGAUACCCAAGAGUGUGCUGGCUGUUUCCAUGGAAACUAAGUACCAAUGCCAGCAGUGUCACCAGGUCCUGAGGAAGCCGGUCCAGGCUCAGUGUGGACAUCGCUUCUGUGUCCACUGUUUGAAACUGCUCACCAGGUAGACUACAGGAUCAUCUCACCACAGCCACUCUCCCAGCUCUGCAAACCUCGCUCUUUCCCACACCUUUAAAAACCCAUUCUCACUGAGCAUGCUGCUCCACCCCACCCUGUCCUGCUGUAGUUGCAGCAGUGCAGUGUCUCUCUGUGGUGUUGUUGUUGUUACCUUGGCUCCCAUCAGCAUCUCACCCUUCCACUUGAUGAGCCAUCAUAGACUGAGUGUGUCUGUCUGCGGUGGGAGUCUGGUAGCACUGUCAGAUGAUCAACACUAAUGCAGGUCCAGCCUCCACUGGGAUUAUCUGGAAUGGAUUUUAGCUCUGGAGGUGGUAAAACUGGACCAGGCUGCUCUUGCUGAUUACUACUAAAGAUUUCUACUCCCCGGGAAUGUUUUUUCCUCUCCAUCUCACACUGCCUAAUUAUUUGUGUUUUGUUAAUCUGAUCAUUAACACACUGGUGUUCUUUUAACUUUGGGCACCUUUUUCUUCUGUGAUGCCUCCUUCUUUUUAACUGUGAUCUUAAAGUUUUUUGUCACACCUUUAGUCCUUUAAAUAAUUCACAAAUGAUAGAGCAAUGUUUUUGCCCAUUUAAUUUGCUAACUCCAGUCAAAAAUGUGGAGUUGAGCAUCAGCAUUAUGUAGUUACAGGAUGUCCUGAUUAUCAUCUGAUUAUCAGUGAGUUAUCAGAGUAUGUUCAAGACCGGACAUUUCUGACUUGUGAAAUGUAAAGACAUCAUUAUCAGAGAUCAGACUACAUAGAAUCUGUACUGGGGAAAGCAAUAAGUGAAGGUGUACAUGGAAGGUAAUUGUAAAUACUGUACAGCUAUUAAGUUGUUUGUCAGGAGAAACAUAAGUUUGACUAUGAACCUUUACUGUCACAGUCUGGUGCAUGCCUCUACAAUUCAGAUAAAAUACUUGGAACUCCGAGUGCCCUCUUUGUGCUGAUAUUGAAAUGCAAGGAAGUCAUGUAGUCAUCUAUGACUACCCAAGAAUUGUACUAUUUAAAAACCUAGCCGGUUUAGUUUGAACCCACUCACCCCACACAGGGAGCUCUCAUAGUGCAACUAUUUAGAGUGUAAAUGAUAUCCAUAUAUGACCCUCUUCAGUAUACUGGUGGUCUGACUCCUCCUUCACACUUAUCAUCUGUUUAAAUUCACUCAACCAAUCAGUGGAUAUAAACUUCAACCUUUUAAUUUGUGUUAGCAUAUUUGUUGCCUUGCAUGCUGAUGCUCCUGUCCUUGUAUGUCUUGCCCGUGCUCUCUAAUUAUAGUGUUGUUAAUACCUAUAAUUACAGUGUCUUGCUGUAGAUCUGAGUAUCACCUAUUUUAUCCCACACUUGACAUGACUUGCCCAACAAAAGUGUCAUGUAUUCUGCAAAGCGCUACGUAUGCUACAUAGUUACAUGAUUCAUCUUUCCAGUUUAGCUCUGUGCUUUAUAGCCCACUGGUAAUCAUCAGAGACGCUGGUAGUGGAUCAGGUGAGGCUAAUGCAUUAAGAGCCCUCUAUCCAGCCACUGAAAUCAUGUUUUAACUGUAAAAUCACAUGACGUAUGUCUCCAUCAUCAGCUCUGGACCCAAGCCCUGUGAAGCCUGUCGACAAGAGGAGAUAUACGAGGAGCCCCAGUCCAUUCUCAAUAGCAAUGAGGUAAGCCUUGGUGCCAUUCAUUUGACUUCUAAGAAUAUCUCUGGUGAAUCAUGUUUUCAUUCACAAGAUUCCUAUUCAUUACAGUUCAAAGCUUGAGGGAGAAAAUGAAACUUGAGGGGGGAGAAGUGAACCAUGUAGUACAUUUCCCUACUUAGGUAGUUUGCCAGAUGCCCUCUUCACGAGGCGCCAACCACAUCCUUCAACCACACCCCACAUUGUCUGGACAGCUCACAGUGAACCAGACAGCUAUGUAAUUACAGUACUCUUUGUUCUUGUCCCCCCCCCUCUUUGUUCUUGUCCCCCCCCCCCCCCCUUUGUUCUUGCCCCCCCCCCCCAAAGGCUUUUCCAGACAAUGCAGCUGGUAGAGAAAUCGCCAGCCUGCCUGCCAAAUGUAUCAAUGAGGGAUGCUCUUGGACAGGUUGCAUCAAAGAAUAUGAGGUAUAGUAAGGACUUCAACAGUGAACCUACAGUUACUAGGUGCCUCAUUGGACACAGAUUGUGAACUUUCUGUUUGAAACAGAAUGCCUGUGUCUCAUUAAGGCUCAGCAUGGAAAGUCCCUGCCUGCUCGCUCUGGCACUCUACUAUGUAUGAGGCGGAAAGUGGAAAGUACCAAAGUCUUGCUGGGCUAGAUUAACCAUGUUGUUUACAGUAUUCACUGGAAGACUUAGUAAUAAUACUCAUAAUAAUGAUACUGGCUGCUAUACUACACAUCUCAAAAUGCUAAGAUUUUUGUCCUUUGACUUUAGUGCUUUAAAAACAGGAGGAAAGUAUUUUUCUGGAGGAAGGAACUUUGCCCUACAGCUCUGAAAGUUAAACAAACAUGUACUGUUGUAUAAUACAAGGCAUGUCAGCGAGGGGGACGUUUUAAAAGGCCAUUCUCCUUUUUUUAUUUGGUCAGUGUUGUAUUUGCGUCUUAUAAAUCAUAUAAAUAUGCUGUUUGGGUUAUAAAAGGGGUGUCAAGACUGUCAAUUAUAUGUGACAUGCUUGUCUAUGCUAAUGCAGUGAAAAGGGUUUUUUGGGUAAUGAUUGAUACCGGUACAUGUACGUCUCCCAGAGCUGUGGGUAGAAGUUUAGCCUACAGUGUACUGCAAAUCAACAGUAGUUUCACAUGGGGAAAAAGUAGUGAUACUAGUACUACUGGUAUCUACACUGCUAUAGGGCUGAUUCAGGAGAUUCUUUUUUGCAUACGUGCACAUUGUGUAGAUGAAUGUCACGCUGACAACUUGCUGAUUAGCUAAACCUCUGUUCUUUUGGUCACACUUAAUUUGGAUAGUCCGGAUAGUCCAUCUGUAGAUGCUCUCCAGAUGAUCAUACUAUCAACAAACUAUCUGUUGACAAGCAACUGCUGGCUAAGGUUACUGUUAGGGUUAGGGCUUAGAAUAAGGGUUAGGUAAGGGUUAAAGUUAGGGUUAGGGUAAGGGUAAGGGUUAUGUUUAGGGUUAGGAUAAAGGUUAGGGUUAGUGGAUAGUUAGUUGAAAUGUUACUGAUAGUCUGUAGAUGCUCUACAGACUAUUCAAAAGAAGUGUUAUCAAGUGUUUCUCUGACCUUUUAGGGUUGUAGGAGGUAAUGUGAUAUGUCAAGAUGGAGAAAUGAAAGACACAAACCUCAUUCAAUGUCACACUGGGGAAUGGGAAGAUAUACACUGUUGCUAACCAACCGGGAUGGGCUGACCUUUUUCCACUAUUUUAGUUUCCAUUCAGGGAAUUAUGUUAAUUAAACACGUUGUUGACGUUGGUUACAGUUAAAGUUAGGGGUGGGUGGAGAUAUAUUCGGGUUUGGUUGUGGUAAGAGUUAGUCAUGGAAGCCUACAGUGGGCCAUGCCUGUAUGGUAAGUUCCAACUCAAAAUGAAGAAAAUAGAUGUGUACUCACCAGCUCUGCUGCUUCCACUGAUGCUCAGGGAGCAGCGAUCCCACAGAGCAGAAAUACCCCACCCUCCUUUACCCUACCACGUGUUUUUGAGAUGAGACAAAAAGGAAGCACAGUAAAUGUUCAGUUGCAAUUUGCUAGUUACCGCAUGAACUGUGUAGCAGUAUUGUGUUUGCGUUCCAUGACACAAAGAUUACUUUACACACCCUCACAAACACUCCCAGGCCACACGCACCUAUCAUGCUUCCCGCUCAGAGGGGGAUGUUUGUAUUUGAAUAUGAAAAAGGCCAUAACUGCCUGCUUACCUGCAGGGUGCAAUACACUGGUUCAACUGUUGCAACAACCACAAUCAAUUGUUAACUGGGGUGCAUCCAAGUAUUACACUUUAUAUACCACAGAAGACUGAAAUAUAACAAAACCGUUUGACAUAGAAACACCGGAUUUUCAGCGUUUGUUUUAAAAAUAAUGUUGAUUAAUUAUGAAAUUAUUAACAUUAUUAAUAACAUUCCACCCAUGAGGCCACUCGGGCGAUCAGGUCAUUUGACUCCAGGAAAGGGAUCUAUGCACAGGUUUACAGUCAUUGUAAACUACAUCUCCUCCCAAAGUACACUCAUGAGUAAAUGCCAGGUGUUGAACCUACCUACAAUUCAAAUACCAUUUAACUUCAAUACAAAUACUAAGACCAGUCAUAACCCUACUCCUUUUGUUUGAGGAAUUCACAUACAGUGGGGAAAAAAAGUAUUUAGUCAGCCACCAAUUGUGAAAGUUCUCCCACUUAAAAAGAUGAGAGAGGCCUGUAAUUUUCAUCAUAGGUAUACGUCAACUAUGACAGGCAAAUUGAGAUUUUUUUUCUCCAGAAAAUCACAUUGUAGGAUUUUUUAUGAAUUUAUUUGCAAAUGAUGGUGGAAAAUAAGUAUUUGGUCACCUACAAACAAGCAAGAUUUCUGGCUCUCACAGACCUGUAACUUCUUCUUUAAGAGGCUCCUCUGUCCUCCACUCGUUACCUGUAUUAAUGGCACCUGUUUGAACUUGUUAUCAGUAUAAAAGACACCUGUCCACAACCUCAAACAGUCACACUCCAAACUCCACUAUGGCCAAGACCAAAGAGCUGUCAAUGAACACCAGAAACAAAUUUGUAGACCUGCACCAGGCUGGGAAGACUGAAUCUGCAAUAGGUAAGCAGCUUGGUUUGAAGAAAUCAACUGUGGGAGCAAUUAUUAGGAAAUGGAAGACAUACAAGACCACUGAUAAUCUCCCUCGAUCUGGGGCUCCACGCAAGAUCUCACCCCGUGGGGUCAAAAUGAUCACAAGAACGGUGAGCAAAAAUCCCAGAACCACACGGGGGGACCUAGUGAAUGACCUGCAGAGAGCUGGGACCAAAGAAACAAAGCCUACCAUCAGUAACACACUACGCCGCCAGGGACUCAAAUCCUGCAGUGCCAGACGUGUCCCCCUGCUUAAGCCAGUACAUGUCCAGGCCCGUCUGAAGUUUGCUAGAGUGCAUUUGGAUGAUCCAGAAGAGGAUUGGGAGAAUGUCAUAUGGUCAGAUGAAACCAAAAUAGAACUUUUUGGUAAAAACUCAACUCGUCGUGUUUGGCGGACAAAGAAUGCUGAGUUGCAUCCAAAGAACACCAUACUACUAUGAAGCAUGGGGGUGGAAACAUCAUGCUUUGGGGCUGAUUUUCUGCAAAGGGACCAGGACGACUGAUCCGUGUAAAGGAAAGAAUGAAUGGGGCCAUGUAUCGUGAGAUUUUGAGUGAAAACCUCCUUCCAUCAGCAAGGGCAUUGAAGAUGAAACGUGGCUGGGUCUUUCAGCAUGACAAUGAUCCCAAACACACCGCCCGGGCAACGAAGGAGUGGCUUCGUAAGAAGCAUUUCAAGGUCCUGGAGUGGCCUAGCCAGUCUCCAGAUCUCAACCCCAUAGAAAAUCUUUGGAGGGAGUUGAAAGUCUGUGUUGCCCAGCGACAGCCCCAAAACAUCACUGCUCUAGAGGAGAUCUGCAUGGAGGAAUGGGCCAAAAUACCAGCAACAGUGUGUGAAAACCUUGUGAAGACUUACAGAAAACGUUUGACCUGUGUCAUUGCCAACAAAGGGUAUACUGUAUAACAAAGUAUUGAGAAACUUUUGUUAUUGACCAAAUACUUAUUUUCCACCAUAAUUUGCAAAUAAAUUCAUAAAAAAUCCUACAAUGUGAUUUUCUGGAUUUUUUUUUCUUCUCAUUUUGUCUGUCAUAGUUGACGUGUACCUAUGAUGAAAAUUACAGGCCUCUCUCAUCUUUUUAAGUGGGAGAACUUGCACAAUUGGUGGCUGACUAAAUACUUUUUUUCCCCACUGUAAAGUCUGUUAAGGAAUUAAUGUCCUUUAUGGUAUGAUCUCAAAACCCAGAACUAAAUCUCAUUGUGCACUAAAUCUAACAAGCGCUGUCAAACUACUCAAUUUGGUUCCGGGGGUUUUCAAAUGCUGUCUAACAUGUACCAUUCCCCCUCUCAAAGCUUGUGUCCAGAUGUGUCUACAAUCCGGGCUGCAUGCGAUGAAUUUGUUUGAAUAGUCAGUGAUGGUGUCUUUGUUUUUGUUUCUAGGCACAACACGAGGGCAAGUGUGAGUAUGAGCGGGUACCAUGUGAAGCCUGCCAGGUCCUCAUCCUGCGCAGUGAAAAAGAGAGGCACAACGAGAGAGAAUGUGAAGCAAGAACAUUGAACUGCAAGUACUGCAAAGUCUCCUUCAACUUCAAGCAGAUCAAGGUGAGGGAGCUUAUCUGGAGAACACCAAUAGUCAACAAAUAUAGAAUUAGCUACAGUACUUUAGAGUAAGAUGGUGAUGAGAUGCUUAUGGAAUGUCCUCCUUACUCUCUGGGAUUAACUGAUAUUCUCUUACCACUCCUCAUGUAUUACAGGCUCAUGAUGAAAUCUGCCAGAAGUUUCCCAUUCAGUGCAAGGACUGUGGAAAGAAAAAGAUCCCACGGGAAAAGGUCUGUGCUCUGCUGUAGCUUUGUGACCUUUCAGGUAGCCUAGCAGUUAAGAGCGCUGGGCUGGUUCGAAUCCCCGAGACGACUAGGUGAAAAAUCUGUCUGUGCCCUUGAGCAAGGCACAUAACCCUAAUUGCUCCUGUAAGUCGCUCUGGAUAAGAGCGUCUGCUAAAUUACUAAAAUGUAAAUGUAAUUUAGCUUCAUUUCUAGGUCAGUCAAUCUUAUCUUAUUAGCGUUGUUGGUGCCAUACUGUUUCUGCUUUCAAUAAGGAUACAUUAUUGCCUAGCCAAGAGGAGUAGCCCACAUUAAAAAAAUACUACAGUUUACUAUAGAAUACUCUGGUACUUACAAUAUAAUUCUUUAGUAAACUGUAGUAUACUGUAGAAUCCUAUAGUCCACACUAGUAUCCCUCGAUUGUGUAGUGCUUACUAUAUAACUUUUUAGUAUACUGUAGAAUACUAUACUCCACACUGUAGUAUCUCUUGAUCGUGUAGCGCUAACUAUAGAAUGUUGUAGAAUACUAUACUACACACUGUAGUAUGCCUCAAUCAUGUAGUAACCAGGCAAACAAAAAAACAAGGAAGUAAGAAAGGAUAUGUAAACAACAAAGUCAAUGGCUGGUCUUCCAGAAGAGUGCCAGUCAGUCAUCAAUGGAACCUAUAUUUGCGUGCGGGUCCCCUUCCCCAUUUCCCAAUGUGUGCCACCCAUGACUGAAAAACCUACAUGCCAAGUAUAGACCAUAUAUUGUGUUGCCUACAGCUUAUAGAAAAGAGCAGAAGUGCGGAACCUUACCUGUUCAGAUCACAGUCUUACCUACAUACAGGUUAUGGACAAUUUGCUCUUUUAGUUUGUCCAGUAAGUUUCCUCAAGGAGAAAGCCCCAAAAAGAUUACAAAUAAUAUAAAUAUAAUAAAACAAAAGACAAUAGUAUACAGCAUACUACAGUAAUGUCCGCAAAAACACUAUAGUAAAUACUAUGGUAUACUACAGUAAUUUCCUUCUCUUUGCAUUGUUGGGAAGGGCCUGUAAGUAAGCAUUUCACUGUUAGUCUACACUUGUUGUUUACGAAGCAUGUGAUGAAUAACAUUUGAAUUAAUAUCUUCAAAACACUACAGUAAAGUCUGCAUAAAAACUACAGUGAAUACUAUAGUAUAUAAAUAUAGUAAUACUACAGUAUACUAUAGUAUUUGUUCAUGUGGGAGGCCAGAGCAUGAACAGAAUGGCCUAUGUUAAUCAUUAGGUCUUACUAUAAAGUAUUCUCAUAACACAACUUUCCAUUUGAGUUGGACCUUUGAACUUAGGUUAUUUUGUUCUGUCUCUCAACUGUCAACUUUCACAUUUGAAAUGAUGGUGGGUAUUUUCAGGGUUUGCCCACAUUUGUCUUCAUAACCCUGACCUUUCUCUUUCUGUUCUGUCCCUUCAGUUUCUAGAUCACAGCAGAUCCUGUGCCAAGUCUAAGACUGCAUGUCCAUUCAGUGAGGUUGGCUGCAAGACUGUGGUAUGUGUAGAAGAUAAAUUAUAACUAAUCAGAUAAGGUUUUAUCUAAAUGAUGAUGCCUUUAGAUAUUUGAAAAAUGCCUAUCUUUGAACAUAACGUCCCAGCCAGCUCUUGAGUACUGGUUUCUUGUUUGUCAUAGCGGAAACAGGUUUGUUUUACUCAGUAUUUUGCUAUGACCUGACCUAAUUUGUCAGUCAAAUAAAUAUGCCAAAUGUGUAGCCUUGUAGAUCGAGAGAAACCUGCCCAUUGUUGGGGUGCAAAGAUGACUAUUAUACUGAACAAAAAUAUAAAUGCAACAUACAACAAUUGUAAAGAUUUUACUGAGUUACAGUUCAUAUAAGGAAAUCAAUCAAUUGAAAUAAAUUCAUUAGGCCCUAAUAUAUGGCUUUCACAUGACUGGGAAUACAGAUAUGCAUCUGUUGGUCACAGAUACCUUUAAAAAUGGGGCUCACAACGGGCCUCAGAAUCUCGUCACGGUAUCUCUGUGCAUUCAAACUGCCAUCGAUAAAAUGCAAUUGUGUUCGUUGUCCGUAGCUUAUGCCUGCCAAUACCAUAACCCCACCACCACCAUGGGGCACUCUGUUCACAACGUUGACAUCAGCAAACCGCUCGCCCACACGACGCCAUACAUGUGGUCUGCGGUUGUGAGGCCGGUUGGACGUACUGCCAAAUUCUCUAAAACUACGUUGGAGGCAGCUUAUGGUAGAGAAAUUAACAUUCAAUUCUCUGGCUUCAGCUUUGGUGGACAUUCCUGCAGUCAACAUGCCAAUUGCACGCUACCUCAAAACUUAAGACAUCUGUGGCAUUUUAUUAUGUGACAAAACUGCACAUUUUAGAGUGGCCCCAGCACAAGGUGCACCUGUGUAAUGAUCAUGCUGUUUAAUCAACUGCUUGAUAUGCCACACCUGUUAGGUGGAUAAGGUUUUUGUGCAUAUGGAAAAUUUUGGGGAUCUUUUAUUUCAGCUCAUGAAACAUGGGACCAACACUUGUUAUGUUUAUAUUUUUGUUCAGUGUAUCUCUGAUUUAGAUCUGCCCUUGGGUAUUGGACACACCCUUAAAAGAGAGACAUGUUUCAAAAGAGACAUCUAGUGUUUGUAGAGAGUAAAUGCUCUAUGAUCUUUUAUGUGCAGCCCCCUACAAUUGAAUUCCAGCUUGAAUUGCAAUAUUGAAUUGACACAACAGUAUCAUACAGACUAGUUAACUCGGUGUGCUAAACGCCUUGUGUUGUGUCACUGCAGAUUGAUAAUGGGAAGCACAGUGACCACGAGCAGACGAGCGUCAUGGAGCACAUGCGUCUGAUCCUGGCGAUGAUGUCUAUUGUGCGGCUGCAGUGUCCGGAGGCCGCAGGGCCGGGGGAGUGGCAGGAGGACUCUGGGCUGGGCCUUUACCGUGCUCCUGAGGAGGGAGCCACAGCUUCUGCAGCCACAGCCGGGGGCGGAGCCGCUGCCUCUGGACAGACCAGUGGCCUUGACCAGAAGGUGGGUCUCAUUUGAUCGGAUGUGUUUGCUAUGUAGGAAAAGUACAGAAGCUAGUCUGUGUCUAAAUUUAGCAGCCCAAAUGUGGUUGUUGUUGUCCCUCCUCGUGUGUGACGGGGGCAAUGAUAAUCAAGCUGGUAAAUUAUGAAACAGACUGGCAUCGUACAUGUACUGUGUUGUUAUUUAACUAUAAUAGAUUACCUGAAUAUUUGUCCAUGUGAAGUUGUUGAAGAUACAACAACACAUAGUGUAGGACUGGUAUUCAUUGUGUUCUCUGUUCUCCCCUUGUGGUCCUGCAGGUAACAGUGCUGGAGAAUAUAGUGUGUGUACUGAACAGAGAAGUAGAGAGGAGCUCUCUCACAUUAGAGGCCUUCUCACGACAACAUAGACUAGACCAGGACAAGAUUGAGAACCUCAGCAACAAGGUGCGUCAACUAGAGCGUACUCUCACCAUGCGAGAUCUACAGCUAGCCGAGACAGACCAGACUCUGAGGGAGCUCCAGUUCUGCACCUUUGACGGUGUGUUUGUUUGGAAGAUCGCUGACUUCUCACGCCGCCGCCAGGAUUCUGUGGCCGGGCGAACACCCGCCAUGUUCUCACCAGGUUAGAUCUACGCUGAUUAUAUGUUAUUCUCUAGUCCUGCAUAUCCUUACUCGUUAAUGUAUCGUAAAUAUACCAUACCGAUACACAUUUAUCGCAAUGUAAUUCCACAAGUAUGUGUGUGUGUUAGUCAGAGGCAGAUACUGAGGGACUGUCUAAAGUAGUUUAUCUUCUCCCACAGCAUUCUACUCCAGUAAGUAUGGCUAUAAGAUGUGUCUAAGACUGUAUCUGAAUGGGGACGGAACAGGUCGAGGGACACACCUUUCUCUUUUCUUCGUGGUGAUGAGGGGCAAGUGUGACGCUCUGCUCAAAUGGCCCUUCAGUCAGAAAGUGAGUUUCUUUACCUUUCUGAUUCCUUAUUCAAUCAGUCUGUCGUAUUAACUUGAUCUUACUUAUGUCUAACAUAAUUAACUACAACAGAAUGCAUUAUAAAACAAACAAAAUAUUAAGCCUCCCUCCUAUUUCUCUUCCCUAUAGGUGACUCUGAUGCUGCUGGAUCAGAAUAACCGGGAGCAUAUUAUUGACGCCUUCCGACCUGAUGUCAGCUCCACCUCCUUCCAGCGGCCAAUCAGUGAGAUGAACAUAGCCAGUGGCUGCCCACUCUUCUGCCCAUUAGCUAAACUGACAGGCAAAAGCUCCUACCUUAGGGAUGAUACCAUUUUCAUCAAGGCCAUUGUAGACCUCACAGGCUUGUAGAGGCUGUGGAAGCCCCCUACACAAAGGCACAAAACGCAGACGAAUAUAUAACUUCUGAAAUUACAUGAU